AUAAAAUGUCGCCCGCCUCCCUCUUUUCUUCCCCACCUUCUUUCAUUUUUAUUCCUCGUGGCUAAAUCUAAGCAACCCAAGAAUCUUCAACACUCUCUUUUUUUUCCGGCGAAAAUUUGUUCCUUCAUUUCAUUAUUUUUCCGUUGUUACAAUUCAUUUCUUUGCCGGAAAAAUUAUGUCUACUUCGCCGGCGAUUAGUGAUUCCGCCAGAUUUUCCGGCCAAAAGAUGAGUUUCUCUCACACCUGCAAUCUUCUCAGUCAGUAUGUUAAGGAAAAACGUGCUCUUGGAAUUUCUGCAAAUCUCGAUUCUCGAGGUCCAGCAACUAUGAAUUUGUUUCCGGUAAGUGGGAAACAAGCAGCUGAAGAUACAAAUGGUUGUGUUGGAAGAACUAUCAAUCUCUUUCCUCAGCUUUCUGGGUUUAAUUCAGGUGUGAACAAGCGUGCUAGCCCUGAGCCUCCUACUCCACAAAUGACCAUCUUCUAUGGAGGGCAAGUCUUAGUUUUCAAUGAAUUGCCUGCUGACAAGGCAAAGGAAGUCAUGGACCUAGCUAGCAGUUAUGAAGCUAAUCUCAAGAAGAGGAAAGUCGAAGCUACCAGUUCGACCCCCCCUAGCCCGGUUGCAGUCCCAGUUUCGGCCCCAAACCCAAAACCUAACCUGGUCUUAACCAAAAACUCGACUCAGAAUGUGAAUGUUGCUCCCAAGUUUGUGAACAACACCAUUUCAGCUGCUGUGCCUAGUGUGUCUGAUCUGCCUAUUGCUAGGAAGGCUUCUCUUCACCGUUUCCUCGAGAAGAGAAAAGACCGGCUUGUGGGCAAACUCCCCUCCGAUGUUGCAAGCGGAGGCUCUUCGAAGCCCGCUGAGAGCAAGGCCUGGUUGGGUCUCAAUUCUCUUCCUGCUUUCCAGAUGCAGAAGCAGCAGCAGCAACCCUAGUAUUAGUGCCAUGUUAUUUAUGUAUACUAUAGGCUUCAUAUAUAUAAAAAAUUAUAUAUAACCAAUGAGAUUAUUAUUAGCUGUAGUGUUUAUGUUAGGGGUUUUGAUUAUUGAAAGCCUCUGUUUUAAGUUAGAGCUGACAUUUUUGUGAAACUUGCUAGCUUAUGUAAUUAUUUUAAGCUAGUGUAAGUUCAUUUCUGAGUUGAAAUGAAUAUAUAUAAUAUAUGAUUUAUAUAAGUUUUUGUUAUUAUAA